AUGAGUCAAACGGCGAGAUCUUUGCCGCCCACUCUCAUCUCGAGCACAUCUACAGGAUCAUCAACUUCAAACAAUCAGCCAAAAGCAUCGGGAUUUUUGAAUCAUCAACAACAUUUUCAUGGCAACAACAACUACCACUCGAAUAUCAACAACUCAGGAUCAAACCUGUUGCUUGAUAGAGACCGAAUCAUGUUGGAGCACUAUCCCACCAAACCUCAACAUUAUCAAAAGGGCCUCUUAGUUCGCACUCCAGCAGCUGUGGCUCAUUUUCCGAAACAACGACCGCAGUCUUCUGACCUAUUAUCUGGAAGGCUGUCUCCAUACAUGUUGCAUAAAAAGAAUCAUCAUGGAAGAGCAAAUGAGGAGAGAUCGAUAUCACCAUCCCCCGCAGUUCUUAGAGAGCAAUUAAACAAGUAUAAGGAAAAUACCUCUCCCAUUAUCCGAAAACAAUUUGAAAAUAUGAAACAUAGAUCGGUAAUUGGGGACAUUGAAACCUCUUUCCGAGAUGAUGAUUUGACUGAAAGCUCAUUUAGGACCGGUAAUUCAAGUUUUUAUGAAGACAAGAAAGGAUUACCCAUUUUACGAACUAAUAUUCAUAGAAGACAAAAAGGCUCUAUUUCCCCUACUUCUGGGAGAGAGAAGGGCUUUGGAUCGUUCGAUGAUGAGUUUGAGCAAGACUUUGGAAUAAUUGAGACUCCUCGAUUACAUAACCAUCACAACAAACAAAAGAUCUCUAUGAACGGAAACAGCGCCGACUUAGACGACAAAGCUUCUGUAAAAAUUCUCAUUGUAAAUGAUAAUUCAAGAUAUGCAACGAAAUAUCAACCAAAAUCACACAUGUUGCAAGAAAUAUUGGACCAGGCAGAUAUUGACAUUCCUAUGUCCGACAAGAUCACGAAAUCUGAAUAUGAAAGGCUGGAAAAAAGAGUCAACGAAGAACUUGCUCACUUAGCAUCAGGAAUGCUACCUGGACAAUUUAAAAAGUUGAAAAAAAAAAGAAUGAAUGACUUGCUUAAAGCACGACAGCUGAAAGCUGAAAGGAUGAUGCAAGGUCUUGGACGGAUUGAUAAAUUAUUGCAAGAAUAUGAAGGAGCACAAAACAUGAACAACGAAGUUGAAUUUUUGAGCGUUGACGAGAUUUCAGAUUUGGUGUUCAAAGAACAAGUUGAUCGACUUGGAGUUAUAAAUCAAAGCAGAGAUAGAAUUGCUGAUAUUACAAAAGAUUUAGACCAACGACAAAAUAACAGAACAAAUAUUCUGAAAGGUGUCAUGGCCUGGAUAAAGUCUUACGAUGAAGAAGCAGAAAAUCUUACCGAGAAUAAGGAAGAGGUGAUGGAUAUUGAAGAAAUGCUUGAUGUGAAAAACGAAAAUGUUCUGGAGCCACUGGUAGACGUACAAGAGAGCAUUGUCACAACUCUGGAUAGGCUUAAAACCAUCUUUGAGGAAUACAAGAAUAUGAAAUUCAGCCUAUUAGACUUCAACGCUGAAACUUUUAAAGAUGAAGAGAAACGAAAACAAUUUUUGAAAAAGAUAACGGCAAAGUUUAAGAAAAUAGAGACAGACAUUGGUGCUUCUAUUUCAGAGCUUGAUGAUGCUCAUUCUUCUGUGAACACCUUGAAAUCGAGAGUUCAAGAUAAAGAAAAACUGAUAGAGAAUUUAAUGGACAGAGAUAAACGACAUUCAGACUUUCAUGACAAGUUAAAGGAAAGGUAUUACGAGCAGCAAAAUUUAUUGAAAGCAAUAAUUGGUCGGCUUAAAUCGCCCGAUAUUUGUAAGCUUAUUGAUUUGAAGUAUAUCCUCACUGGUAGAAGCGAUGGAGAGUUCGAUUUAGAAGACUUUGAAAAGAAUGUGACCAUGACACUCCCAGAAGACACAUACCUGGAUGGAUAUGAUUUAUCGAGUAUUCCAACUAAUAUAUCAAAACCCUCCCCCCAUUCAGAGUUUGAACAAAGCGCGGCAUCAAGUAAGAAAACCAAGAAAAAGCAACAGGAAUAUCAGAAUGAAUCAGAAGAGGAUGAACCUCGCAGAACCAAACCAAAAAUGAAAACGAAAAACUCUUUAGACAAACCCUCAGAUGACGAAGAGUCAGAAACGUCCUCUUUAGCUUUUGACGACAUUGAGAACUUGUCAGACGAAGAAUUUCACGAUCCUGAACAUAAACGCACAGAUAUUAGCCCCGUAUGGAUUAUGGACAAUUUUUACAAUUAUGAGGUCGACAAAUCUGAGUUAGGCUUUUUUCCAACGACCAUUGAUUUGGAAAAAUUUACUCCAACAGAGUUGAGACUUUACCUGACAGCAGAAACUUUAUUUAAAACUGUGAAAAGGCUGGAGAAUGACAGAAUGAAAAAUCAGGACUUUGAUGCGUAUGAGUUACAGAAAUUGGUGGACAUGGAAGAGCAGCAUUUCGUUAAAAUAGAAGAGCAGAAUCAACAACUAAGCAUGUCUAACGACGUUAUUCAAAAGAUGACAGAAGAAAUUAAAAAAUUGAGAAACAUGCUAGUUGACAAAGGUGUUAACUCAGAAGAAUUGGAGAAUAAGGAAUUGGGAAAAACGCUUAACGACUUUCAAGCAAUAACCAAAGCAUCUCAAGAAAAACAUGUUGAUGAGAAUCCAAGAAGAAUACAAGCUGGUAGAAAGCCAACCUCUGAAACAGACAGACGACAUGAAUUACUGGAGCAAAGAAAUAUGGACAAUGAGAGAAGAAAAUGGCUGAUGGAAAAAGAAAAGGCUGAGGCAGAAAUAUUAAAACUGAACACAGAGCUCAAACGUCUGAGGCUUGCUAAAUCCAAAUUCACAAAAGGAGAUGCUUCUUCAGGUGCUGAUGGUGGUGAGGAGACAACGGGAGCGAAGGAGGAAGACGGAAAUGAUCACUUUGACGUAUCCUCCAUCUCUCUAUACAAGGGUUACACAGAAGAGUUUAAACCAACGAGCGAAAUUUUGCGUGAAAUUGAGGAAGUUAAUGAUGUGGACGAGCUCAAAUAUAUUAUUAAUAUCAUUUUGGUGGAGGCUGAUAAGCUGAUUGAAUAUGUAUACUUUUCACACAAACGAUUGAGAAAGUUUUUAACAUUCUUAAAUUAUUUUACAAACCAAAAGGGCCCCAAUAAUGCCAAAUAUUCUGAAGAAGAGUUUAUGAAUGAUUGGAUUGGCUUAAAUAAGAAAAUAGAUAAGGAACUAAAAGCUAAAAAGAAGACUAAUGGUGGUGCAGAAUCACAAACAGAAUCUCCAAGAGGUAGCCCAAUUUCUCCAAAACGAAAGAACGGAGGCAUUUCAUACAGAGAGGCCGUUCGAGAGCAAUUGAAUUUUCUGAUUGAAGAGGCGGAUGAUGAAACCAAGACGAAGAGAAAUCCAAGUCGAUUAACUCGAUCAAUGGUAGCUCUCAUGAUGAAACUUUAUAACACCAUGAAGCAAAUUAGAUAUAAGGCCAAGAUUAAAACUAAUGAGAUACAAGAAGUUCCUACCUACAGUGUACAAAAGAAAGAAAAAACAUACAAACCACAAGCUCCAUCAGUACCAAAACCACCUAAAGAAACGCCUAAAGCUCACCUUAACAAAAGUUGCCACCAUGACCCGAAUGCUAAAGCAUCAAGAGGAAGCCAAGAAGAAAUGGGAGGAGAAAAAGAUGCGAAUAUUGCAAGAGGAGUUAGCGAAGGGCCAAAUGUUUUACAAUGUCAAAACAGGGACGAGUAUACCAUCUGCUCCUGA